AGGUUUCUUCACGGUUCCCCCCCCCACCCUUGUAGAUGAACGGGUCAGCUUCCCAAUGAAGUGGCUGGAGAAAAAUCCAGCCCUCGCGUUCAGCCAACCAGAAAAAAGAAAGAGGAGAAGUGGCUAUUAAAUAGAUACAAAUGCUUGGAGGAGAUUUGCCUGCUUUUUCUGCGGGUUUUAAGACCAUGUUUGCCACGUCUGCGGAUCUGGUGAAUGAGAGUGAAAAGCGGUGAGAUACAAAAGGAGGAAGCUCGGGCUCCGGGGUUAGCCUUUUCUAUCUCUACCAUUAUUGCAACGGCCGAUGUUUUAAAGUCCCAUGAAGUGGAAUUUCCUGAAGAUACAAUUUAAGUACACUAGCAAGUAAAGAAAGUAUAUUUUAGAGGUUUUUUUUUUAAAUAAAGCGACUUUAGAUCAUUCCUUAGUAGUGUGAGGUUCUAUUUGAGCAGUGUUGGAUUUUUUUUAAUGGCCAGGUGCAUGUAAGGUCAUGUCAGUUGCUUUUUCAGCCACUGAAAAACGCAUCUUCAAGUAACCAGAAUGGAAGGUACCUUUUGGAUUCUUUUUGGGACAGUGGCUUUGGUGACUGGUGCUCUCAUUCCAGAACCAGAAGUCAAAAUCGAAGUUCUCCAUAAACCUUUCAUCUGCAAAAGGAAGACCAAGUUUGGAGACCUUAUGUUGGUGCACUAUGAUGCAUAUCUAGAGAAAGAUGGGUCACUUUUUCAUUCCACUCACAAGCAUAAUAAUGGCCAACCGACAUGGUUUACUCUUGGUAUAAAGGAAGUUAUCCAAGGCUGGGAUAAAGGUUUGAAACAGAUGUGUGUAGGUGAAAAACGCAAAUUAACAAUUCCUCCAUCCCUAGCUUAUGGAAAAGAAGGCAAAGGAAAAAUCCCACCUGAAAGCACACUGAUCUUCCACAUUGACCUUUUAGAAAUUAGAAAUGGACCAAGAUCUCAUGAGUCCUUUCAAGAAAUGGAUCUUAAUGAUGAUUGGAAGCUAUCUGAGGAAGAGGUAAAAAUGUAUUUGAAGAUGGAAUUUGAAAGACACGGUGCUCCAGUUAAUGCAAGCCACCAUGAUACUUUGGUUAAAGACAUAUUUAAUAAAGAAGAUGAGGACAACGAUGGCUUUAUAUCUGCAAGAGAAUUUGUUUAUAAGCAUGAUGAGCUAUGAAACAUACUGAAAAAGAUGACUUGAACAAAACAAUA